AUGGCGGAAGUUGACCUGGUGGCCGAAUUUCCCCGGCCGGCGGGUGCCACUCGCUGGGCGGAGGUGAUGGCUCGCUUCGCCGCGGGGCUGAACGCGCAGGGCCGCCGGGUGGUGUUGAUCACGUCGGGCGGCACCAAGGUCCCCCUGGAAGCGCGGCCAGUGCGCUUCCUGGACAACUUCAGCAGCGGGCGGCGCGGGGCCACCUCGGCCGAGGCCUUCCUGGCCGCCGGCUACGGGGUCCUGUUCCUGCACCGCGCGCGCUCCGCCUUCCCCUUCGCCCACCGCUUUCCGCCCCAGGCCUGGCUGUCCACCCUGCGGCCCUCGGGCGCCUCUCCUUCGGGCGCGCUGAGCUUGGAGGCCGAUGAGAAGGCGCUCCCGGGCUUCGCUUCGGCUUUGAGGCGCUACCAAGAGGCCGCGGCUGCAGGCACCUUCCUGGCCGUCGAGUUCACCACCUUGGCCGAUUACCUGCACCUGCUCCAAGCUGCGGCGCAGGCUCUCAGUCCGCUAGGCCCUUCUGCGAUGUUUUACCUGGCCGCGGCCGUGUCCGAUUUCUAUGUUCCUGCCUCCGAAAUGCCCGAACACAAGAUCCAGUCAUCUGGGGGCCCACUGCAGAUAACGAUGAAGAUGGUACCAAAAAUGCUAUCUCCUUUGGUUAAAGACUGGGCUCCCAAAGCAUUUAUAAUUUCCUUUAAGUUGGAGACUGAUCCAUCCAUCGUAAUUGAUCGUGCACGGAAUGCUUUGGACACUUAUCGGCAUCAAGUGGUGGUGGCUAAUAUCCUUGAGUCACGAAGAUCCUUUGUCAUUAUUGUAACCAAAGACUCAGAAACUAAGUUAUUGCUCUCGGAGGAGGAAGAAGAAAAAGGUAUAGAGAUAGAAGAGAAGAUAGUGAAUGAUCUUAAGUCUCGACACACAGCUUUUAUGUGCGACAAAAACUGAAAAAGCCAUUAGAGAAUCAAACAUUGUUCAGUGGACCAGGGCCCUGACAAAUGGUGAGAACCAGAAUA